AUCCCAGGUUCUAUAUGCAGUGAGAGUUGUUCUCCAGGAUAUCGCAAAUCGCCUAGAAAAGGACAGCCAAGCUGCUGCUUUGAUUGCCUUCCAUGUUCUCAAGGGGAAAUUACUAACAAUAGUGAUCUUACUGUUUGCAUCAAGUGCCCAGAAGAUAAGUGGUCUGAUUACAACAGAAAAACCUGCAUCCCAUGGAAUAUAGAAUUUCUAUCCUAUGAAGACCCUUGGGGUGUGGCAUUCACUGCUAUAGCUAGUGCAUGCUGUUUAAUAUCUGUUUUUAUUUUAUGUCUAUUCAUUAAUUAUCGGGAUACUCCAAUAGUCAAGGCUAACAAUCGUGAGCUGAGCUACCUUCUCCUUCUCUCCCUAAUGUUAUGUUUCCUUUGUUCCCUAAUAUUCAUUGGCCAGCCUAAUAGCACAACUUGUAUGCUUCAACAAGUAGUUUUCAGUAUUGUUUUUUCCUUCUGUAUUGCCUGUGUGCUUGCAAAAACUAUCACUGUGGUAAUUGCCUUCAAAGCAACUAUGCCAGAGAGCAAGCUACGGAACUGUGUCGGGUCUAGGAUACCUAUAUACAUAAUUACACUGGGUUCAUUGAUUCAAACCCUAAUAUGUAUCAUUUGGUUGUUGACAUCUCCACCAUUUGUAGAAUAUAACAAGCGAUAUAAAAUGGAUAAGAUAAUAAUUGAAUGUAAUGAAGGCUCAAUUGUCUUAUUCUGUUGUGUGCUGGGAUACCUAGGUAUUCUGGCAACCAUCAGUUUUAUUGUUGCUUUUCUAGCAAGAAAUUUACCAGACAGUUUUAAUGAAGCCAAAUAUAUCACAUUCAGCAUGCUGUCUUUUGUCUGUGUUUGGGUGUCAUUUGUACCAGCAUAUUUCAGUACAGAUGGCAAGUACUUAGUUGCUGUAGAGGUAUUUGCAAUCUUAGCUUCCAGUGCUGCUUUGCUUAGUUGUAUAUUCAUCCCAAAGUGUUAUAUUAUUUUGAUAAGACCUGAAAUAAAUACAAGAGCGUAUCUCAUGGGAAAGAAGAAUGUUAAAAUAUAG